CGCAGUUGGUUUUUUUGCCGUUCCGGAACGACAAAUAAACGAAGACCCAAAGUCGAUCUCCCAGGACGUGCCAAUCAUCUUUUUUUAUCUCCGCCACCAUGAUUCGACGUUCUAUUGCUCUUCGUCGAAUUUUGGCACGCGAAAAGUGUAGCCGAGCCUUUCACGCGUCGGCGGUUUUCGCGGACGCCUUGGACAUGAAAGACACCUUUGCCCGCCGCCACGUGGGACCGUCUCCCGAGGACUCCAAGUCCAUGUUGGCAACGAUUGGCUUUGACUCGUUUGAAGGUCUCAUCAAAUCGACCGUCCCGCCCAAUAUUCUGUCGCCCCGAGAUCUCGCCUUGGAGCCAGCUCGUACCGAGUCGGAAGCGCUCCACCGUAUCAAGGAAAUGGCCAAAAAGAACAAGGUCAUGAAGUCUUACAUCGGAGCCGGCUACUACGAUACACAGGUUCCUCCCGUCAUCCUCCGUAACAUGCUGGAAAACCCCGGCUGGUACACGGCUUACACUCCUUACCAGGCGGAAAUUUCGCAGGGACGCUUGGAGAUGUUGCUAAACUUUCAGACACUGGUUGUCGAUCUGACGGGAUUGCCCAUGGCAGUAGCAUCAUUAUUGGACGAAGCUACGGCGGCUGGUGAAGCUAUGCAGAUGACGUUUGCGCUCAAGGGGAAAAAGGGCAAGAAGAACAAGUUCUUUGUCUCGCAGGAUGUCCACCCGCAGACCAUUGGUCUUAUCCAAACUCGUGCCGAAGCCAUUGGAAUUGAGGUGAUUGUUGGCGAGCACAGCAAAUCUGACUUUUCGGCUGGUGACUACUGCGGCGCUAUGGUGCAGUACCCGAACACCUACGGAGAGAUUGAGAGCGGAGGCGAGUCUUACGAAGCCUUCACUGCUCGCGCCCAUGAAGGCAACGCCAUGGUUAUCGCCGCCACUGACUUGCUCGCUUUGACCAAGUUGGCCCCGCCCUCUACCUGGGGUGCAGAUAUUGCCGUUGGAUCGGCCCAGCGUUUUGGUGUCCCCAUGGGUUUUGGGGGCCCACACGCUGGUUUUCUCUCCACAUCGGACCAGUAUAGCCGUAAAAUGCCCGGCCGUAUUAUCGGUGUUACGGUCGACUCGUACGGAAAACCCUGUUUGCGAAUGGCCAUGCAGACUCGGGAACAGCACAUUCGUCGAGACAAGGCGACCUCCAAUAUUUGUACCGCCCAGGCUUUACUGGCCAACAUGGCUGCGGCCUACGCUAUUUACCAUGGCCCAAAAGGUCUUGCCGACAUCGCCGGACGUGUCCACGCUCUGGCAGCUGUUGGGCAUCGCGAAAUUGGCAAGGCUGGUUUCAAGGUUACGGAAGGACCUUUUUUUGACACGUUUACCGUCGAUGUUUCCUCCAAGGGCAUGAACGCCACGGAAGUCCAGGCUGGUGCCGCUAGUGUUGGCGCUAACGUGCGUGUCAUCGACGAAAAGCGUGUUGGAGUAGCCAUGGGUGAGGGCAUCACUCGUGACGAUCUCGGAAAACUACUGUCUGGGGCUUUUAAGAUUUCCAGUCCUGAUUUGUCAGCAGACGAUUCCCUCUCCAACUUGGAUCCUGCCGUCGCCCGUGAAGGUGAAAUCUUGACACACCCUAUUUUCCGUCAGCACCACUCCGAAACGCAAAUGCUCCGGUACCUCAAGACACUCGAAAACCGUGAUUUGGCUCUGAACCACUCGAUGAUUUCGCUUGGCUCCUGUACCAUGAAGCUCAACGCAACGAGCGAAAUGAUUCCCGUGACUUGGCCUGAAUUUUCUGACAUACACCCGUUUGCGCCGCACGAUCAAACUAUUGGCUAUCACGAAAUGAUUGAAGAUUUAAACAAGGAUUUGUCGGAAAUCACAGGUUUCGCUGCGGUGAGUGCCCAGCCUAACUCGGGUGCGACUGGCGAAUACGCGGGUCUACUGGCCAUUACAAAGUACCUAGAAAGCACCGGUGAAGGACACCGGAACGUUUGCUUAAUUCCCAAAUCAGCCCAUGGGACCAACCCGGCUAGUGCAGUCAUGGCUGGUAUGAAGGUUGUUGUCGUAGAGAAUGACGACCAGGGCAACGUGGAUUUUGGUGACUUGACCGCCAAGAUUUCCAAGCACAAAGACAACUUGGCCGCCUUCAUGGUCACAUAUCCUUCCACGUUCGGUGUCUUUGAAGAAAGAAUCGUAGAAAUUUGCGACGCAAUCCACGAUGCCGGUGGCCAAGUAUACAUGGACGGUGCUAACAUGAACGCACAGGUUGGUCUGACGAGUCCGGGUUUGAUUGGCGCUGACGUGUGCCAUUUGAACUUGCACAAGACCUUCUGCAUUCCUCACGGAGGUGGUGGCCCAGGUGUCGGUUCUAUCGGAGUUCGUGAGCACCUUGCUCCUUUUUUGCCAGGGCACGUAAUGGAUCCUCAGGCGUCGGGAAAGCUUUGCGGAAACGACAUUUGUGUACCAAAGACUGAGGGUGCUGUAGCUGCAGCCCCUUUCGGUUCUGCCGCCAUUCUCCCGAUUUCUUGGAUGUACAUUAAGAUGCUUGGAGCUGAAGGUCUUAAAGCUGCCACCAGCCAUGCUAUCUUGAACGCGAACUACAUGGCUGCGCGUAUGAAUGGAGCAUAUGAUGUCCUCUUUACUGGAAAAAACGGACAGUGUGCGCACGAAUUUAUUUUGGAUCUUCGUCCCUUGAAAGCCGCAACCGGUGUAACGGAAGAGGACGUUGCUAAGCGUCUUCAAGAUUACGGAUUCCACUCUCCUACCAUGUCUUGGCCCGUUGCCGGAACUCUCAUGAUUGAGCCGACUGAGUCGGAAGAUUUGGGGGAACUUGAUCGCUUUUGCGACGCCAUGCUUUCCAUUCGGGCAGAAAUUGAUGAUAUUGGCAGUGGCCGUAUUGCUUUGGAGGAUUCGCCAUUGCACUACGCCCCGCACACAAUGAAUGACCUGGUCAAUGAGAAGUGGGAUCGUCCGUACUCGAAGGAGGUUGGCAUUUACCCCGCUCCUUGGAUCCGCGCCAACAAGUUCUGGCCCAGCUGUGGCCGUGUCGAUAAUGUCUACGGGGACCGAAACCUGGUAUGCACAUGUCCCCCACUGGAUGUAUAUGAAGACGAUGAUGACAAGAAGCUUGCCGCUUAA